AGGAUAGCAGAAAGAUUUUUUUUCUGUGGUGUAAGCGAUAUGUUAUUUUUUAUUGUGAAAUAGAAAGUACACUGUCUCGUUAAAAAUAAGCGAAAUUGAUUAAAGAGAAAAUGAAUUUUAAAGAAUGUACAGGAGCUUCACAGGCAUGGUGCUUGGAAAGUGGAACAUCUUUCAAAGUAGACUUUAUUGACGAGGAAGAGAGAAAAAUUCAUUUCAAAUGGCAAGGAGAGGAUGAGGAAGAAAGUUCUGAUAUAAAAUUUAGCAUAACAGUCCCAAUUAAAGACGACUCAAGCAGUAAAUGGAUGUUUUGGUCAGAAAAUGAAGAUGUUUUAAACACAAUAAUGGAAAUGCAUGACUACACAGAUGCAUGUAAAGAAAAAUCAUUUUUACAGAUUCUCUCAAAAGUAGACUCCUUGUUAAAACCAUUAACUGAUCCUGACAAUGAAUCUGAAGCAGAUGAGAUAGAAGAUGACUACUAUGCUGAUGAUGAUAUUGAUGCUUCCAUGCCAGAGGCUGAUCAAGAUAUGGCAAGAGGUGCUGAAGGGAUAGAUAGUGGAGAAGAAGAUGAAGUUGGAGCUAAUUUCUUUGGUGAUGUUGGUUCAAAAGCUGCUGUUGCAAGACUCAUGUCAGAUUUAAAAACAAUGAAGAAAGAGUCAAAUAAAUUUGGACUUGAUGGAACUCCAAGGGGAGAUAAUUUAUUUAUAUGGGAUAUUAAAUUGAAAGAUUUUCCGGUUGAAUCAAAGCUUGGUAAAAACCUUAAAGAAUAUUCUGAAAAAUUCAAAAGAGAACCAGUAAUACAGUUAGAGAUGCAGUUUCCACAUGAUUAUCCAAUGACACCACCAUUUGUCAGAGUAGUUAGACCCAGAUUUAAAUUUCUCACAGGUCACAUAACAAUCGGUGGCAGUAUUUGUAUGGAAAUGCUAACCAAAUCUGGUUGGCGACCAAUUAAUGAUAUCGAGAUGAUUUUAGUUCAAAUCCGAUCAGAGAUAAUGUCUGAUAGUCAGGCUUCACUUGAUAUGAAUGAUGCCGAUAGACCAUACGGUGAACAGGAAGCUAGAGAUGCAUUUAAUAGAAUGGUCAAACGAUAUGGUUGGAAUUCAUAAAAGGAGUAGAUGUUUGGAUGUGUAUGUUAUAUAAGAGAAGAUGUGUGAUUUUGAGUUUGACUGUAAAUAAAAGUGACAACCAUAUUUCCUUACAUAAGAAAACCAUGAUAUGAGACUGCUAAACUGGGAACAAAAUCAGCGAGAGAAAGUUUUGAAUGCAUAAUUAGUAUUACAUGUAUCAUUAAUCAUGGAAAUUGUAGAUGUUAGAUCUCAUACUGCAUGGUCCAGCAACAUUUGUAUUUUAUCAAACUUGUGUAUUUUUACUGAAACCCUUAUUUAAUGAAGCAGAGAUGUUUAUUAGUGAUCAUUGUAUGCAUUUGUUUGUCUGCACUUUGUAUCAGCAACUAAGUACCUGUAUUGUUACAUGACUUUAAGAGGAUCUUCAAUUCCUUUUGUCAAUAAACUCAUUUUAUUGAAGUAAUUUUUUAGGAUGUUCUAUUACAAAACAUCACUUUUGCCAUUUCAACACAAAUAAGGGAGAAUAAGGGUAUGGAUUUGUUAGCUCUGAUCAUUUAGUUUUUAUUUUUCUGGGAAUUUUUAUAAUAUUUUAAUUAUUGUAGAUGUCAUUUAAUUUUUUUGUUUCCAUUUUUUGUAUUUUAUUCAAACUGAAGAACCUACAAUUUAAUCUUGUUUCAGUAAAUCUUAUCUUUUUACUUCUAAUGCUAAAUAUUUUUCAUUGUUGUAAAAGUUCACAUGAUUAUGACAUGUUCAAGUACUGGUAGUAUAUUUAAAUGGUUGUUAAUCAAUCUUUGGUUGCAUUUUCAUAAGAAGUAAUGAUAUUUAUAUGCUUUCAGUUUUAUGAGUUAGUGUUUUAAGUUAAAUUAAUUACAGUAUUGUACUUUAUUUUUAUUUUAUUUUAUAUUUUGUGAAUAAAAGUUUAAAAAAAACCUAUAAAUAACCAUUGUUUAUGGUAGGUAGUAUUCCUUUAUGAAUUUUUUUUUUCAGUGUUUGAGGGAAUGAAAAAUUGUUCACAGAGAGUUACAUUAUACAUGUAGUAACAAAAAAAGUUUGUGCAUAUAUUAUUUGUUCUUAACCAACUGAUUUUUCACCACAAUUGCAAAAUAGAAUUACAGAUAGGAUUUUGUUUAUCUUUAUCUUUAGAGAAUAUGGUAUUUAUAGCAGAUCUGAAAUAGUCUUCAUUGAAUCUUUCAGUGCUUGUGCCAGUGCUCACCAUUUACAAACUGAUUUUCAAAAGUAAAGAAUUAUUUCUGUCAGAUCAAAUUUGUCUCUUAGAUUUUAACAAAAUCUACAACUUUACCUAGCAACAUUAUCUAUUCGCAACUGCUUUUAGAUUCUUGGUAAUUUAGGGGAUGAUGUGUUGUAUACUAUAGACUCUUCUCUAUUGUUGAAGACCAUAUAUAGACCUCUAGGUGUCUUUUGGUUUUUUAUGUUGUUGGGUUGCUGUCUAAUUGACAUAUACUCCAUAUCUCCAUUUUACUCAUAGUAAAGUGCAUCCCUGCAAUAUAAUUCACUUAUUCAAGUGAAUGAUAACAAUUUUACGGGUUUACAUGUAUAAAAUAAAGUGAAUAAUGAGACGAUUUAUUUUUUUCUUGAAUUUAAUUUAAUAUUCAUGUGUAAUGUAUCAAAAUAUAUAAACAAAAUGACCAUGAUUGAAUUUAUGCAUUAUUUUGAAGUUAAGAAUUUUAUUAUGUCUAUAAAACUGUAAUAUAAAACAAUGUCUGAAAUAAUCUGCUUUAUGUGUUUGAAGCAUAUGUUUUUAUAUUGGUCAGAGAUUGCACUUUUUCUGAAUGGCCUGAUUUAUCAACUGGUAAGGACAAGACAUAUGGCCAAAACCAGUCCCCAAAUCAGAUGUUGGAGCAAUCUCAGACUAUAAUAAAGUAUGCAGUGUUUACUAUUUGAAGUUUUGUAUGUAAGUUGAAGUCUACAACCCCAAUCAGUCCCAAAAACAGGCCUUUCAGUUUAAUAUAAGGACAUUGAAAAUAAGCUCUUUACUUCCAUGGGUCGUCCUUGGGUGGAGGUAUUAAUUUGUAUUUGUAUAUUAACUACUGAUUAAAUAAUAUAAUCAUUAUUAUUCUGCUAUCAGAGCAUUCUAAAACUAUUAUUAUACCCCCGCUCUGAAGGAGGGGGAUAUACUGGUUUACUUCUGUGCAUGUUCCCAUCCUAUGAAAUUUUCCUCACAUUUUUCUUAGGAAAUAUGAAUUUGAGCUUUCUGAAAUUUAGUAUCAAGCUUAAUGUGAGCAUGCUUUAUCGUGCGAUGCAUUUUCACAUUCUUUGCUCAUCGUGUCCCUUUGACCUCAUUUUGUUAUGUCAUAUGUUGUCUAUUUUAAUGAUGAUUCAUUUUAUACAUUUCAAAAAAUUCUGAUAAUCUUGUAAUUUAACAGAAACAAAAGUAAAGCUACAUGUAGCUAUAGAUGGUUCUGGUUAUUUUGUGUAUCUCUAAUGGUAUGUAGCUCCCACAUCUUUGCCAUUCCAAAACUAUUAACUGUCAGCAUUCCCCAUAAAGUGUGGUGAAGAAUACUUCAUCAACUGCAGAAAAUUGUAUAUAUGUUUCUUUUAUAUCAUGAGAAUUAUGUAUGAUCUCAUAUAAUUUGCUGUUGUAAGAUAUAUAAUUUCUGUAAAUGAUUGAAAUGUGUGAUUUGUGUAUACAAUGUACCAGUAGUAAAAAUGUAGCUUAAAGGGCAUAUAAACAAACCAAUGUCUUUCUAUGAUACUUUUUGGGGGAUUAAAGUUAAUAAACUUGACAUACUGUAAAAAACUUAUUUUAAUGGAUACUUUUUUAUAGGCAAUUUACAUUUUCCCUUUGAUCUUACUGCCUAAUAUUUUGCUAUAUUGUGAACAGGACAUGAUACUCGAAAAUAUUCAGGCAAUGAUGUGGCUUAACAAAUAUCACAACGUUUUGUAUGUGUACAAAUAGGUUUACUAACUAUUUAAUUUUAUUUCAUAUUCUCAACCAAAAACCAUGCAGUUAAGACAAAUUACAGAUAAAAAGAAGAAUGACAUCUUAAUUUUUUGAUACUGACUUGAUCAGCUCGAAAAUCAGCUUGCCCUAGUGUGCUCGCUUGAUAUUCUUGUUGAUAAAGUCAGUAUCAAUAACACAAAGGCCAUUAUCCUCAAUUUAUUGUUUAGUCCUUCUGGCUAAGUUCUCAAAGAUAUAUUUUCUGGAUUUUCUAAUUUUGACAAAUUCAUGACUAUUUGUAUUUGUAGUAUUUUUCUUUUUGCAAAACUCACAUAAAUGAGUUUGUUUAUGGUAUAUCAGAAAUCCAAAAUUUUAUACUAUAAAAUGAACACUACUUAUUAUACAUGUCAUACAUGUAGAACUACUUGUGUAUUUCAGUCUAUGAAACAGAUUAUCUGCACUUGCGUACUAGUAUUUCAGUCUAUGAAAAAUCACAGAUUAUCUGCACGUCAUUAUUAGAAUAUUUGGGUUGAUUCUCUCUGUCAUUUGAUGAAUUCUUGAAUUACUUGGACAGAUUAAUUAUAGACCAUUCCAUGUUAUAAGUACCUAUGGUGCACUUGUCAGAAUGAUUCUAUUUCUAUGCUUGUUUUGUUUUGAUGUUACUGUAGAAGUACUUAUAUUCAUAAAUGACUGUUGUUUUUAUUCUAUUGACAAAUAAUUUGUUCAUGAGUUUCUUAUGAGUUAUUAUUAUAAUUAUUGUACAUUAUGAUAGGUCAAUGAAACAUAAUAUGCCUUUCACAGGGUAUUUUAAUGUAUGGUUUUUAGGAGCAAUGAAAUAUAAGAAUUAAUUGAUACCAAGAAAGAGAUGUGCUGUCACACGUAUCUUACUUCAUUUUUCAAUAUUUUCGACAUCCAAUACUUGGGUUCCAACUUACAGUACAACUUACAAGAAAUAAUUUUGGAGAUGUACAUAUCAUGUGUCAAAUUAACUGUAUCAGUUAGUGAAAAAGCAUUUUAAAAGUUUAGUGUUUAAUGAUUGUUAAUGAUGCAAAAGUUUGUAUAUAUGCGAAUAUUUAUUUUGAUGGAAGUAGAAAAAAACUGAAAAAAAAACAUUGCUUAUUGUUUGUAAGAAAUACAUUAUUCUGUGAUAAAACCAAACAUUAUUCAAUAAAAUAUUAAAGAAGAG